UCUUUAGUAACUAUUCACACUACACAAACACAAACGGACACUUUGUCUCUAUCUCUGGCGGCGGGUAGGCCGUGCUUUUGGGGGAUGAAGAAGUGAUUUAGUUCAAUAUCAUCAACAUGAUGAUGGAAACGAAGACUCCGGAUACAGCCAGGAGUUUCACGAUUACAUAUACCCCCCGCGUGGCCAAAACCGGAGGGAUCCUGGCUCAGUUGUGCAUUAGAUGUGGAGGAUACAGCGCAUCUAACCAUGACUACUGCAUCCAGUGUGUAGAAAGUCUGAAAAAGACCUGUUGUCAUAACAGACACUACGACAUCAAGCGGAAACCAGAAAAAAAGAAAGAAAUGAAGAAAGAUGACAAAAGAGAACGUAAAAAUACCUUCUGUAUCGGAUGUAAGAUGUCUGACGUAGGGACGGCGGGAACCCUAUGUCUUAUCUGCGUGGCCAAGAGGCGGGAAAAGGAGAGACAAAAGAAUAUACAUAGAUAUGAUUACAAGGACCAUUAUUUUGGUUCAGGGGAUCUCAUCAAGGCCUACUCAGCACCCCCAAAGGACGAUUCAUGGAAGAAAGAUUGGCGAUGCAGGGUGUGCCUCCAGAGGGUACGACCAGAGAAAAAACCAACUUGUUACGGCUGUGAAAUCAAACAGAUGCUUUUAGCCAGGAGAAAGCAUAUAGUAGACGUGGAGAAAGACUUAGAUAAGUACAAACAAGAAGCUAUUGGAGUCAAAGAUGAAUUUUUGUCGUCAGAGCCGAAGGAUGGCGUCACCAAAUGGGAAAUGUCGUAUGAAGUAAGAAAAAAGUCUUUGGAGGAAAUAAAGAAUUCAGUGGGUCGUCUAAAUACCUCCAAAAAACAAGACGUAGACAAACAGAAAGAAGUAAUGCAAUAUAUUGAUGGACUUAUUACGGCAUGUAAGAUCCAUUUUGAGAGCAGAAAAGAAAGAUCCCAGGAAGAUCCACCAGCUACACAGGAUGGACAAAAUCAUACUGAACAUUGAACUCUUCACAAUGGAGUCUAGUUGUGAUUGUCUUUUUUACUAUGUUCAUACUGUAGGCCUGUAUUUAAUCUAUAUAAUGAUGUUUGUACAAAAAUGUUAUAUGAGUUUUAUAUUUUACAUGGACAUUUUCCGUAAGUGCACUUUUUGAAAAUGUGCAUCAAAUAAAACAAUUGGAUUUGAAUUUACUCAUUUGUUCUAGAUAUACAGAAAUUA